UUACAACCAACAGCAAAAGCGCCGAAUAGGACACCUCCAAAAAUGACACAAGGGUAGAGCUGCUACCAAACGUGACCUUGGCGCCUGGUACGGCGGCUCCAGACUUGCUCGAGCGGGAGGAAGUGGAAGUCGUGGGUGCAGAGCCAGAACUAGAGAAACUCACAGCACCACCACCGCUGGAAGAGGUGAUGGCGCUUGUGCUGGUGGUGGUGCUGGCUACAGUCCGAAUCGAGAUAGUAGAGGUAAGACUGGCCGGAAGGGUGUAUGUAGUAGUCGCGUCUAGGGACGUAGAAGUCAUGAUCAGCGGUAAUGCAAAGGUGUGUUUGUUCGUUCACGUACAACUACUGCAAAGCUUUGUCAGAGCAGCAAAAGCCUGGGCGAUUUCCGUCGAGUCGCAGUUUUCGAGGGUGCAAACGCCCGCGUUAGUGAAGAAAGUCUUGCUGUAUUAUGUGAGGGCGGUUGAGGGAUUAUUGACCAAAAUGACACGGGGGACCCUAGCUCACCUGUUGCAAACGCACUGUCGGAUCCGCGCAACGGGAGGGUAACCGCCGGUCAACGAAAAAUUAAUGAUAAGGAAGGGAAUG